AUGCCCUCCCCCUCCACACCAAACUUUAUCCCAACACAAAACGUCGCCACGAUCUUCCCAAUCCGAUUCUUCUGCACCUUCUUAAGCAUCCCCCCACCGUUCAGUGCGCCACCACAUUCACUUUCAAAACGCCCACAAAAGGCCCCACCCACAUCUAUCUAUCUAUCUGUUCCUAUCUAUCUAUCUAUCUAUCAAUCUAUCUAUCAGUCAUUUAUCAGUUCCAUUCAUUCUAUCUAUCUAUCUAUCCUUCUAUCUCUUAUCUCAGCUAUAUCUCUAUCUCUCAUGUUCUAUCUAUCUAUCUAUCUAUCUAUCUAUCUAUCUAUCUUAUUUCUGUUCAUAUCUCUCUUUUUCACUGUUCAUAUCUAUUUUAGUCAUUCAUCUAUCUAUCUAUCUAUCUAUCUAUCUAUCUAUCUAUCUAUCUAUCUAUCUAUCUAUCUAUCUAUCUAUCUCAGUCUGUUAAUCUAUCUAUCUAUCUAUCUAUCUAUCUAUCUAUCUAUUAUGCUAUCUCAUCUAUCUAAUCUCUAUUAUCAUCUAUCUAUCUAUCUAUCUAUCGAAGGACGAAAGAGAAUUGAGGAAAAAGUCAUUAAAGAGAAAGGGCGUCAUCUUUCACACACACACAAAAGCGCAAAAAGACGAACAAUAUAUAGAUAA